AUGGCUGUCAUGUUGUUCAGAGUAUCUUGGCUCCUUUGUGCUGUGGCCUCCUACCAGAACACAGCCUCCUAUAUUUGGUUCAGCCUUCUGGAGCCAGACCUGGAACGUCGACUCCCGGUACUGCCAUGGGCUGACUGCCUGGCAUCACUUUCUUCUGACUCCAGUCCUUCCUGGAGAGCUACUUGA